UUCUUUAAAGGUGUAACUGUUUGCAAUGGUAAACCUCCCACGGCGACAGAGAAUUGUACGAUACAGGGCUCUAAGUAUUGCAUCAGGAUAGUCUCAGCCUUAAAUUACGAGUCUCCAAAGGUGUACGGCUGCGACGAUGGCACUUGCAAGGAAAAUGGAUGCCAUACAGACCUGUCGCUCACGAAGGAGAUAUGCUGCUGCUCGACAGAUUUGUGCAACAGUUCACACCUGCUAAAUCUUUUGGCAGUAAUUACAGUACUUACUACUUGUCUCUUGUAA